GAAUUUAGGAAGAGUUCGGAUAUAGCUUUGGGUGCCAAAGAGAUAGGUUGGUUUAGAAGAUGGUUAGUGAAGUUUACAUAGGCGGAAAACAAACCAGAACUCAGCUUCCUGAAGGGAUCCUCCUUUCAUGGAAUCUGGGCUCGUUUGUGAUAAUUUUAUGGGUAUAUGGACCAGAAUUAGAUUUUGAUUAGUUGU